ACUCACUGAUUUCAGACAUUUUUACUUAUACGCAGCAGACUUUUUUGUCUAUUCUAAUAGACGCGUAUGUGAUAAAUAAUAUCACUUUGUAGAAUUUUACCGCUUUUAUCGGAUAGCGGGGUUAGGGUCAAAACUAUUAUGUUUUGCGCAAUUGAUAAAUAUAACGUAAUCGCUUUUAAUAUUAUGAAUGCACUGUGUUAUUAUCGUGCUGACGAAGUGGAAAUUUUAGGAUAGAUAAUAAUUAAAAAAAAUAAAUGCAUAUAAAUAUAUCGAACUCUACGACAAGGAAUCAUUGUACACAACGACUAUGGACACUCCGUCAACAUUAAUUUUUGAGUCAACGGAUCCCGCCAGACUUUCCAACAAGAUGCUGGCGGUAUUUUUAAAAAAUUUAUUCAGGUAUGGGAGGAAAGAAGUGAAGAUUGUGAACAAGAGAGUUCACUUGUAUUUGAAAUAUUCACCGAAGAAUGAAACGGUUCAGGGAAAAUUAAAAAAUCUUCCCGUCCGAUACCUGAGAGUGGCGGCCGAUGACGAGGAAGAAUUACAAUUGUUAUUGAAGGGGAUGCGUGAAUUCUCGGACGUCAAUUUUUAUGCGGCUGCCAUAGAGGAGGACGAACCGGUACCGGCUAAAAAAUUCAAGCCGGCUUCGGAAGAAGAGAAAAUAAAAAUUCUGGAAAACAGAAUUUUAAAAUCAGCCACCACUACGACGAUGACGACGACUACCACCACUCCCAGUACCAGCAAAGUUGAAGAUUUUUGCUUCGUUUUAGACGACGACGCGGAAGAGUUUGAAAGUCAAAAAUUUAGUGUAGUUAGUAAAUAAAAAUAUUAAAAAAUAUUCGAGUUAUAACUUGUUUAAUUUUUUCCA